AUGGAAUUUCCUUUAUCCUCCAUUGAGAGUGGAGUUCAAAAGAUCAAGAGAAACAUAUUCUCCUCGGACUUUGAUCUCUACUCCUUUGUAUGUCCUUCUGCUUAUGAUACUGCAUGGUUAGCGUUAAUACCUAACCCCCAAUAUCCUUCCCAACCUAUGUUUAAGAAUUUCUUGGAGUGGUUGCUGAACAACCAGAAACCGGAAGGGUUUUGGGGAGAGAGUGACACCUUUGGUAAACCCACCAUUGAAUCCCUUCCUGCAACCCUUGUUUCCAUGGUUGCACUCACAAAUUGGAAAACUGGCGCGUCAAUGGUAGAGAAAGGACGGUCAUUUAUUGGUGCAAAUGCGGAUAAGCUACUCAGUGAAGUCAAAGAUGCUUGCCCUCGUUGGUUCGCUAUUGUGCUGCCUGCCAUGGUUGAACUUGCCGAUACAACGGGUUUGGAUGUUGUCCUCCCAGAAGCCGCAAAGGAUACGAUGUCGUACAUCAUUAGCUGUCGGAAAAGUUUUCUUAACAAGGAGCUGGAAGUAGGGGAUUUACAUUGUUACCCUCCAAUACUCUCGUACCUUGAAGCUUUGCCUCCGUCAUAUGUUAGCGAAGAGGAUAUAUGUAGCAAUUUGAGCAGAGAUGGCUCAUUGUUCCAAUCUCCCUCUGCCACUGCAAAAGCAUUCAUGGCUACUGGGAAGAAAGAAUGCCUCACGUAUUUACAGUCCUUAGCACAAAAAUGUCCAAACGGAGUUCCACAAGCUUAUCCCAUGGAUGAGAACCUUAUAAAGCUCUGCAUCGUCAACCAAUUACAGAAGUUGGGGUUGAGCGAGUACUUCGCAGGAGAGAUUGAAGUACUUUUGGCACAAGUUUAUAGAAAUUACAAGGAGCAAAAUUCAAGGGAAAAAGCAUCCAAUUAUAAUGCGGCGCAGCUUCUUCACAAGGAUUCUCUCGCAUUUCAGCUCCUGCGCACGCAUGGAUACAAAGUAUCACCAUUAAGCUUUUGUUGGUUUCUAAGUCACGAUGAAAUUCGAGGUCAAGUUGAGAAAGAUUAUGAGCAUUUCUCAAGUACAAUGCUUCAUGUCUUUAGAGCCUCAAACCUAAUGUUCAGUGGAGAAUACGAACUCGAGGAAGCUAAAAACUUUUCAAGGAAAAUUCUUGAGAAAAUCGUUUCAGCAAGAAAUGGAGACCGACGACAGAUGGAGCAUGAAUUGAAUCUCCCAUGGUUUGCUCGCCUGGAUCAUUUAGAGCAUAGAAUGUGGAUAGAAGAAAAAGAAGCCAAUGCUCUGUGGAAAGGAAAGGCAUCAUAUAAUAGGGUAUCAUAUUUCUAUAACAAUCAACUGCUACAGCUUGCCACUCAAAACUUUGAUUUUAAGCAAUCAGUAUACAAAAAUGAGCUGAAGGAACUGAAGAGGUGGUGUGAAAACUGUGGGAUAAGUAAUAUGGGAUUUGGCAGAGAGAAAACCACUUAUUGUUACUUUGCUAUUGCUGCUAGCACAUCCCUCCCUCAUGACUCUUACAUACGAAUGUUUGUAGCUAAGAGUGCAAUUAUAGUCACAGUGGCAGAUGAUUUCUAUGAUAUGAUCGGGUCUCUCACUGAACUGGAAUUUCUCACGGAUGCAGUUGGAAGAUGGGAUUCCAGGGGCUUAAGCAGCCACAGCAAAGUUAUAUUUGAUGCCCUUGAUAACCUUGUGAGUGAAGCUACUAGCAAAUAUCUCCAACAAGGAGGAACAACUGAUAUGUCAGGCAACUUGAAAGAUCUAUGGUAUGAAACUUUCCUUUCGUGGCUCAUAGAAGCAAAGUGGAGCAGAAAUGGAUACAAACCAUCCAUUGAUUGUUACCUGAAGACCGGCAUGAUCUCUAUUGCCACACAUAACUUGGUUCUUCCAGCCUCAUGCUUUCUGAAACCAAGCUUACCAACUGAGAAACUUGUGCCAAUACAAUAUGAACCCAUAACAAAGCUGCUAAUGGUUAUUUCUCGUCUAUUAAAUGAUGUACAGAGCUAUCAGAAGGAAAAAGAAGGAGGAAAAUUGAAUUCUGUUUUAGUCAAGUUGAUAGAGAACCCAGAACUUGAUGUUGAAGAAUCAAUUGCUUUUAUAAGAGAGGUAAUUGAGAAAAAGAAGAAGGAGUUACUUGAACAUGUUCUGAUUGAUGGACUCUGUGAUUUUCCUAAGCCUAGCAGGCAGCUCCAUCUGUCAUGUUUGAAAGUUUUUGAGAUGUUUUUCAAUUCCAGAAACAGAUUUGACUCCAAUACAGAGAUGGUGGAGGAUAUAAACAAAGCAAUAUAUCUUCCUGUAAGUAAAACUCCAAAUCGUCUCACUCUUCAUCCAUCUCCAAAGAAGAAAUAUGCAAUAACAAAACUCCAGUUCAAUUUCUCAUUCAAACAUAAUAACAGGAUAAAUUGCACUGCACAUCAAGUUUCUGCACUAACCUUAAGUAAUGGAUAUGAAAUGGCGUUUACUGCACCUAAAACUGGGCCUCACUUCAUUUAAAUCAAUUGAGGAAGAGGAGAAGGAUGGAGAAAAAAAGGGAAAAUCUUGUACUGUGUAUUCUAGCUACCAAUAAAUGCUGUGUGUGUUUUGUAUGAUGUAAACCCAAGAUAUUUUAGUGUUACUUUAAGUGUGUAUUAUAGUUAUAACUUAUAAUGUACUAUGAUCCAAGUCCAACCAUUUCAUCUUGGGACUAUUAUCUGUGAAUAUU